AUGUACGUCCUGUGCACCGUGGCCGCUCUGACCAUCCACAGCCUGUUGAGGAGGCGGCUCGAGAAGUCUGCAGAGUCUGGACCAGAGGAGGCGCAGGAGAAGGCUGGACAUAGUGGACGAGGGCUCAAAGAUGGGAGGGUGGUCUGGGGUUUGGCACCAGGGAAAGACACGGCCCAAUAUAAACAAAGAGUGAAGAGAAGAAAAGAAGCCAACAGAGGCCGGAAUAAUCAAAGAGCUGGACAGCCGGUGCCGCGGUCCAGUGCUCUGCUCAGCCCUGCGGUCAUGUUUGGCACAAGAAAAACCUGGGACCUCGGCCACGCCCCCUGCCUGCAGGAGCUCUGGAAGAACGACCUCUCAUUGGAUGAUCUGUCACUGUCCAUGCAGCCGGCAGCGAGCUCGGUGGACUUCCUGAUGAGUGAUGGUGAGGAGGACGGCUCGUUCCUGUCUUUACCCUCGACGGCAUUCUCUCCCAGGGCAGAGCUGAGCGAGUCCGGAGCCCCCCCGCGGCCCCCCCAGCACCUGCUCAUACAGACUCUGCAGGAGAAGGUGUGCGAGUUCCAGGCUCGUCUUCGUACUGAGGAGGUCACACGGCACCUGCUGCUGCAGCAGCUGCAUCAGCAGAACUCCGAAGGGAACACGACCGUGGACUUCCCCCCAGUAUCUCACUGUAACGGGGUCUCGGCUGGUCCUGCAGGGGUCUCGGCUGGUCCUGCAGGGGUCUUGGUCUCGAUCUCUGAGCUCAGUGAAGCGGACUGUUCCAGUGCAGGAGAGGAGCAGCUGGUGACACGGCUGCACACUCAGGUGGUGGAGCUGGAGGAGAAGCUGCUGGACCAGACGCAGGAGGUGGAGAGACUGCGUUCUGAAAGGGGGGCGACAGACCUGGAGAAGCAGUUGGAGCGCCUGGUUGUUGAGAACCAGCGUCUUAAGCAGGAGCUGAAAUCAUGCAGGAGCUCCGAGCCCACCUCCAACAACUGCCCCAUUUGCCCCCACAGUCAGAAUGCAGACUUUCUCCAGAGGGAGGUGUCCCGCUGGGAGAGCCAGGCACAGCAGAGGGAGCGGCGGCUGGCCGAGCUGGAGCGGGACCUCCAGGAGAAGAGCCUGAAAGUGGAGACGCUUCACCGCGAGCUGGACCAGACCUCCAGGAAGCUGCAGCAGUCUGAGCGCACCCAGACCCAAGCCGAGCGCCAACUCAGCCUCAGGAUACAGGAGUGCGAAGAGGAGCUGCACAGACAGGCCACAGCUCCACCUAGAGUCAGGUUCGUGCCCCCGGUCGGGGAGGUGGCGCCCACAGACUCUGUACCCGAGCUCCAGGGGAAGAAUGUUGCGCUGCAGGAGCAGGUGUCUGUGCAGAGGCAGCUGCUGCGAGAGCUGGAGACCCAGCUGCACGAAUCUCAGCGCACCUGCACCCAGCUGCGCACCCAGAUCCUGGUGUACGAGGGGGAGAUGGCGCGAGCUCAGGGUCGACUGGAGGCAGAGAUGCAGAGUCUGGAGGAGGAGAAGAACCGUGUGAUCGAGGAGGCCUUCGUCAGAGCAGAGAGCGAGAUGAAAGCCGUGCACCAAAACCUCGCAGGAGUGCGUCUGAACCUGCUGAGUCUGCAGCCGGCCCUCAGGACUCUCACCAGCGACUACAACAGCCUCAAGAAGCAGGUCCAGGAGUUCCCGUUCAUGCUGGACACAGCCAUCGCCGAGGCCAAGCAGGAGAUUUGUCAGGUGAUCAGUGAAGUGAGCAACACAAACCAGGAGCUGCUGCGGAAAUACAAACGAGAGAUGAACUUGAGGAAGAAGUGCCACAACGAGCUGGUCCGCCUCAAAGGAAACAUCCGGGUGUUCUGCCGCGUGCGCCCUGUCAGUCAGGAGGAGCAGGACUCCGCUGACGCCAAGACCAUGCUAAGCUUCGACUCGGACGACGACUCCAUCCUCUACCUCUCCAACAAGGGCAAGAUCAUGACCUUUGAGCUGGACCGAGUCUUUCCUCCAAAGUCCACGCAGGAGGAGGUGUUCCAGGAAGUACAGUCCCUCGUGACUUCCUGCAUCGACGGCUUUAACGUUUGUAUCUUUGCCUACGGUCAAACAGGGUCCGGGAAAACAUACACUAUGGAGGGUGUGGCAGAAAACCCCGGUAUAAACCAGCGUGCGCUACAGCUGCUGUUCUCUGAGGUGACGGAGAAGGAGGCGGACUGGGACUACACCAUCUCUGUGAGCAUGGUGGAGAUCUACAACGAGACUCUCAGGGACCUGCUGGGGGACCAUCUCACAGAGAAGCUGGACAUAAAGCUUCACCCGGAUGGUAGCGGACAGCUCUACGUCCCUGGACUCACGAAGGUCACUGUGGGGAGUCCUCAGGAUAUUAACAGGGUUUUUGAGCUGGGCCACAUGAACAGAGCCACCGCCUGCACCAACCUGAACGAACACAGCUCUCGCUCUCACGCUCUGCUCAUCAUCACCGUGUCCGGACACAACUCCACCACCGCAACACACACUCAAGGAAAGCUGAACCUGGUGGACCUGGCCGGCUCGGAGCGCAUAAGCAAGUCCGGCGCGGAGGGGACCCGGCUCCGCGAGGCCCAGUGCAUCAACAAAUCUCUUUCAGCGCUCGGUGAUGUCAUCAACGCGCUGCGGGGGAAACACGCCCACGUUCCCUUCCGGAACUCCCGCCUCACAUACCUGCUGCAGGACUCUCUAAGCAGGGACAGCAAGACGCUCAUGAUGGUCCAGGUUUCUCCGUUGUCGUCGAACAUGAGCGAGUCGGUGUGCUCGCUGAAGUUUGCCCAGAGAGUCCGUUCGGUGGAACUCAGCUCGUCAUCGUCACGGAGACAUGAGAACUCCUCCACCUCGUCCUCGCCCACCCACGACAGUGUAGAGCUGGACUCUCCGCCCUCCACCCCUGGCCCUCUGCCCAUCUCCAGAGCCAGCAGUGCAGGCUCCACUCUGUCCACACUCUCCACAGCGUCCCGGACCACCACCGGAUCACGCCGCCGCUCCCAGUCACAGCUGUCCGCAGGUGUGUUUCCCAUCUGUUCCUCUCUCUCUCCAUUCUGUGGUCUGGUUGGUCGAUGCUCAGUCAGGCAGGUAGACCGAGCCAGCCCAUUGGUGCACGGUGGGCAGGACGAUUGA